AUGGCACGCAAGGCUUUUAUUUCAAGACACAUUGUUCUUUGUGAAGAAAACAAACCAGUCUUUGGAGCUGUUUUGAUUGAAGGCAGCACUAUUUGUGAGGUCAGGAAAUACGACAAACUCAAAAAAAUUGAAAACGUCUUGCAAGAGCUUCAAGAGUGAAACCCUGAAAUCUAUGAACAUUCUUAUAUUUUCCCAGGAAUGGUUGACUGCAAUGCCAAAACCAAUGGGGAAUGAGAAGGAAAUUCUUUUUUAACGAGAGCCGCUAUAUCUGGCGGUGUUACCACAGUGAUUAUUGAACCGAGUCUUUGGGAACAGCCUGAAUCUCAAGAGGAAAUUUUUUGUGAUUAUGGAGAAAUUGGGAUUAUUAGCGGAAAUUCAGUUUCCACUGACGGGGUUUUAGCUAUAAAAGGAUAUCUUUAUAAGCCAACCAGGUAUAUAGAAGAAAUACUUGACCUAGAAGCAAUACUCACAGAAGCAGCGAGGCUAGAUUUGCCUGUUAUAAUUGACCCAUCGCUACCUAACCCCAGAAUGCUGUUUAUGGCUUCUCCUUGCCGAACGGUGUCUCUAGCGAAAAGAAUGGAAAUUCAAGACCUUUCCGACAUGCAGCACUUUGCUGGAGCAUUUCCUGAAAAUGUCAUAGAUUCAGGUGAUAACUCCCCUGCUUCAAAUGACGAACAAAGGGAAUCGACAGAUCUUGAUAAGAGAUUUUCAUUAAGAGACAUGAAAAAAGACUCUGAUAUAGUAAGAAGCCCUGAACAUAGGAUAAGCUUGAUUUCUGAUGCAAAUAUAGUUGAAAAAAAUGAUGGAGAAAAUAAAGAACAAGUUGUAGUUAAGAAGCACCACAGGAAAAAUUUAUCUGAUAUAUAUCAAGAUUUGGACAAAAGAAUAAAAGAGUCACAAGAUAACAUAGAGCAUCUAAGUAUAGCACACCCUCGUGGUUGCUCGCCAUUAAGUGCCCCCUCCCCAUGUCGCCCACCCCCUGAUGGUCCUGAAAAUUUUAAAAUGUUAAAAUAUUAUUUGACAAGUCCUAUCAAAUAUUUUUAACUUGUCAAAUUAGUAUUUAACAUGUUAAAUUAUUUGUGACCGUUAUGGGGGUGGGCGGCAUGGGGAGGGUGCUCAAGGCCGAUCCAAAAUGGGGUGUAAGCUAUAGAGCUGAAAUUUCAUUAUAUUCCGAAGCAGGCACUUCAGGAGACCAAUCCAACCCUGAGCAGCCUACUUUAUCACAUUUUCAUCCAAUCCACUCAUGCCCUGAUAUGUCUUUAGCUCUCAAAUCUUCACCAGUUUCUCUUCAAGAAAGAAGGAAAAUCCGCACUACAUCCCUCGAUGUCUCCAAGCAAAAGCCUAAAGAAGAAUCUCUCUAUGUCCGAUAUUUAGCAAAUUGUCCUGACUCUUGGGAAACCUCAGGUGUUGAAAGAGUGAUAAAGGCAAUGGAAGGGGUCAAGCAUAAAGUCCACGUAUCAAACCUUUCCUCAGCUAGAAGUGUAAAUUUAAUCCGGCAAUUUAAAGAAACCUCAAAGUACCUUACAUGUGACACAACGUCUUAUUUUUUAUAUUUCACAGAUGUAGAUAUUCCUAAUGGGGACACUCGAUUCAAAGCUCAUCCUCCUAUUAGAAGCAAUUUAAACUGCAAUUUAUUAUGGGACUUGCUGAAAAUGAAAGCAAUUGACAUGGUCUGUUCAGCUCAUAACCCUAUUCUUCCGAUGUAUAAGUUUAUAAGCCUAGGAGAUUUCCGAAGAGCUGUAAAUGGGGUUAAUUCGAUAGGCUUUACCUUGCAGGUCUUGUGGACAAAAUUGAGGCAGCCUGUUUUAUCGUCAUCAAGUCUAGAGCAUUAUGAUUUUUUGUAUUAUUUUUAAUGAAUGCUAAAAGUUUGAUGUCCUGAUUUGUAAACAUAUACAGGGAGCAUAUUUUAAAUACUGAUAUUAAAUUAGGCUAAAAUAUAUAUAUUGUAAGGCUUUCUAAAUGGCUCGCCUUAAACCCAGCAAAAUUUUUUAAAAUUGACAACGUCAAAGGCUCAAUUUCCCCCGGGAAGCACGCUGACUUGAUAAUCUGGAAUCCUCAUGAAACUAUAAUAGCAGAAAGUCAUAGUAAAUUCCCUGAUAUGAGUGUAUUUAGAGGUAGAGAAUUAUAUGGGAAAAUUGAAGAAGUUUAUGUAAGAGGACAGUUGGCGUUUAAGGAUAACCAGUUUUAUCCUGUAGGAACAAAAAUAAUUAGGUAA